AUGGUCCACCCCACUACUACUUGCUGCAAGACCGCCCAAGAUGGCUCCUGCGUCUGUGCCGCCCAGGCCAAGUGCUCCUGCGGCCAGCAGGACGCUCUCAACUGCAGCUGCAACAAGGCUGCCUCCGAGAACACCGUAUCUGGUCCCCGCUGCUCAUGCCGCUCUCGCCCAGCUGGCCAGUGCACCUGUGAGCGUGCCGUGAGCGAGAACAAGCCUGUUGCUGGCGAGACUUGUGCCUGUGGUAGCCGUCCUCAGGCUUCUUGUACCUGUGAGAAGGCUGCUGCUAUUGAAUCUGCCCUCGAGGUUGACUUCACUACCCGUGCUUAA